AUGGGUAAAGAUUCCUACUCUAGUGAAGAAACAGACAGUUCUGAUGAUGAAUACCAGCAAGCCAAAAAUUUGCAUUUACUGCACCUCAAAAGCCUGAGGAUCCAUGAGGUUGGUAAUGAAAACGACAUGCCGAGAGAUAACGAGUGGUGGGAAAUUGUUCAAGUUGGCCAUGGGAGAUUGCAAUGCCAACUGGAUACAGGUGCACAGGCUAGUGUCAUGACCGCUAAGCAGUUACAAAGUGUUGCUCCUAAUGCACAGAUUAAGAAAACACACAAGAGACUUGUGUCAUAUAGCCAACACCAGAUUGUGCCCAGAGGAUGCAUCACACUAAAAGUGAAACACAAGGAAAAAGAGAUCAAGGUGAAAUUCUUCAUCAUUGACAAGGCACAUAAUCCAAUCUUAUCUGGAAAAGUGUGCAAAGCCUUAAACCUAGUAAAGCGAAUACACGAAAUCCACCACAACCUUAAAGAGCUUCUUAUCCAACAUCCAGAUUUGGAAAAUGCAACAGGAUCGAUGCCAGGGACAUACUCGAUUAAGAUUGACCCAACAGUGACCCCUGUAGUACAUGGUCCAAGAAGGCAACCCGCAGCGCUCCUACCAAAGAUUACGAGCAAGCUAAAAGAAAUGGAAAAAGAGGGGCAUUUGGCAAAAGUAACCCAGCCCACAGAUUGGGUUAAUUCCAUGGUUGUCGCACAGAAAGGAGAGAAGAUCCGCAUCUGCAUCGACCCAUCCGACCUGAACAAAGCGAUAAAGCGAGAACACUACCCUAGUAAAACAGUGGAAGAAAUUACCACGAAAAUCCCCGGAGCCAAAGUGUUCUCAGUAUUGGAUGCCAAGAGUGGAUAUCUUCAAAUGAAGAUAGACUAUGAAUCCAGUCUCCUUACAACGAUGAACACACCGUUAGGUCGAUACCGUUGGUUAAAGCUACCCUUUGGCAUCAAAUCCGCACCAGAGAUGUACCAGAGAGCGAUGGAUGACAUGUUAGAGGGGAUAGAAUAUGCAUAUGCCAUUAUGGAUGAUAUUCUGAUAGCUGGCCGUGACGUAGCGCAUCAUGAUGCUGUCUUACGACAAGUCCUUGAUCGUGCUCAGAGCUACAACUUGAAGUUAAACUUCGACAAGGUGAAGAUCAGGAAAGAGGAAGUGCCGUACGUGGGACAUCUCAUAUCAGCACAUGGGCUCAAACCGGAUCCCACGAAAGUCGAAGUGAUGAAAAACAUGCCAGCACCCGAGAACAAAGAUGAUGUCCGCUGUUUUCUGGGAUCAGUUCAAUACCUAGCCAAGUUCUUACCACGCUUGGCUGAGGUAGAAGAGCCGCUACGGCACCUAACAAAGAAAGAUACAGUCUUCCAUUGGGACAAAGCGGCAUCUGACAUAUUUACGUUCAAGAGCAAAAACUAUGUACUGUCAGUAGAUUACUACUCCAAGUACAUUGAAGUCACAGAACUCAACGACCUCUCAGCUUUUAGUACCAUCGAAGCCCUAAAAGGACACUUUGAGAGACAUGGUAUUCCAGAAAGGCUGACGACAGACUGUGGCACACAGUAUACAAGCGUAGAAUUUAAGAAUUUUGCAAAAGCCUACAACUUCCAACACGUUUUGAUAAGUCCAAAGCAUCCUAAAGCAAAUGGAGAAGCAGAGGCGGCGGUAAAAAUCGUUAAAUCAUUGUGGAGAAAGAACAAUGACAAGCACAAAGCCCUGUUGGUCUAUCGAGCAACACCACUAGCAGGCAUUGAUCUGUCUCCAUCACAGCUAUGUAUAGGGAGAAGACUGAGAACUAACCUCCCGAUAGCACGCAGUUUGUUAGAGCCCGAAGCAUAUAACACAAAUGAUAUCAAGAGACGAACGCGCCAUGCAAAGGAAAAGCAAACCUACUACCAUAACCGCCAUGGGACAAAAGAACUAUCCCCACUGAAACCUGGUGAACACGUAAGAAUCCGACCAGAACCAGGGUCGAAGCUAUGGAGACAAGCAACUGUGGUCGACCAUCAUUCAUCACCACGGUCGUAUAUUGUAGACACAGGACAACGAAAGCUUAGACGCAACCGAAUAGCCUUAAGAUUAGACCCAGGAAGAUCAUCAAUGGGAGUAGCAGAGAAUGAUUACGAUGCCAACGACGAUAUGAGCCACCACGAAACCCUUGAUAACCCAAACCCGGUAAGCGUACCACCAGCUCAUCACCCACCAGUAGAAACAGCAACGUCCACGGUGAAAGGCAAGGAAACGCCUGUCAAGAGGUCAGGAUCAGAAACUCACCAAACACACUACACUACGAGAAGUGGAAGAAUCAGCAGAAAACCAGCUAAGUUGAACAUUUAA